AUGGUACUGCAGAGUCUUGAAAACCUCGCACUCCGUUCUGCAGACACUAUAGUGCACAGUCUCGCGGUCCCUUUAGUGGAUGCAGCGCUUAGUAUGUCCCAGUCAUGCAUACAAUAUCUUCUCAUGGAGGAGUUUAAGACGGAUUUGUUUGUAUUGGAAGGGACGAGUAUCAAGAAAUACAGGUUUUUUGAUUACUCUGCUACUUACUGGGCAGAGCAUUACUCGCUUUGUGAAGAUGCCGCCCCAAAGUCUACGCGAGAGGCCGUCUGCCAACUGACAGCGAAUUCCAGCUGCACCUUGACCAAUUGGUUGAAAUUCUAUUGGAUCAAAAACAACAUCGAGUAUUCAUUCCCGGAUACCUUUGAGACGAUUGAAGUAGCCGCAUUCUUCAAUUUGGUCAUGCUGCUUGCCGAGGUUAUAGAAGACAUAGAUUCCAGAAACGAGACAACAAGAUCCUCUACAGGUUGUAUCAGGUUGCUGCUUCAGCACGGCACAAACCCGAACAGCAUCAGCAUUGAUCGACAAACACCGUUGACAGUAGCUGCGCAGUAUGGGCAUUUGGAUGCUGUUCAAAUGCUUCUCGAUGAACCAAGUACAGAAAUUGCUUUAAGAGGUAAGUCUGGAAGAUCAGCACUCUUGUUUGCAGCGGCGAACGGACACUUGGAGAUCGUUGAUGUUCUGGUGGAAAGAGGAGCGUUCAGUCCGGAUGAUCAAGAUAAUGUGCACUGGACCCCUCUCUUCUGGGCCGUGCAAGGAGACUAUGCAGGCAUUGUGCAAUCACUCUUAAAACAGGCGUCGGUCGAUGUCAAUCGAACCGAUAAGUCUGGACGCUCAAUACUAUCCUGGGCUGCAGGGGAGGGCGCCCAGCGAGCUUUGAAGGUCCUGCUCAAACACCCUUCUGUUGACCUCAACCUCAAAGACGCUCAGGGUCGCUCUCCGCUGUCGUGGGCUGCGGGUAAUGGUCAAAGAGAAGUGGUCAGUACUCUGAUGCAUAGAGCGGGUGUUGACAAGAGCACCAAAGAUAAAGACUUGCGCAAUGCAAUCUCCUGGGCUUGUCAAGGCGGACAUACGGACACGCUGCGCACAUUACUCAAGUACAGUUGUAGUGGCGUGGACGAUGUGGAUAUCGAUGUCUGGACGCCGUUACUGUGGUCACUCUUCAUCCGGUCCCCUGCGACGGUGGAAGCACUUCUCUCCACUCGUCGUGUGCAAAUCGACCGCUAGGAUGGUUACGGCCGUACGGCAUUAAUAUGGGCUGCGAGCUACGGAUAUCUCGACGUGGUACAGCUUCUAGUAUCGUGGAAUGCGAAUGUGCACAUCAAGAACAACGGCGGACAUACUGCGGCGGAUGUCGCGAGACUGGAAGGGCAAAUUGAGGUAUGGGAGUUUCUAGAGACUCCGCAAAACAAGGCAGUAGAAA